CUAAAUACUUAGCCUUUAACAUGAAUCAUUCAUUCAUUCAUUCAUUCAGCAUCCCUUAUACAUAGCCACAUCUAUUGCAUGCUCUUCCUCAUCUCCUUCUUAUUCUCUCCUUUUAUUUACCUCUAAAUCUCACAAACAAUAAACCAAACUCUUUCAUAUACUCAUACAUAACAACAACCUUAACCUUAUCAAAAACAUCAUCUUUUGUUGUUAUGGCUGUUGAUGCUAGUUACAUGAAUCUCUUGCCUUCCACCCAUUUGCUCACAAAUAGGGAAGUAAUCAAAUCAAAUCAACAUCAUUAUCAACAACAACAACUACAACAACAAAAUCAACAACAACAACAAAUGUUGAACUCUGAAUUAUACAAUGUUCAAAUGGAUUCAACUCUUCCUCUUCAAACAACAAUGCAUGAAUCUAUGUUACCAUUUUAUCAAUCAAAUGUUUGUGAUCCAAACAGAGCUGAUAGUGGUCUCACUUACAACAAUCCACUUCAAAGAAAACGUUCUAGAGAUUUUUCAACUGAAUUGGUUUCUCUUCAACCUCAUCAGAAAAACAGAGUUAUUUCUUCUGAAUCUUCAUCAUUUCUUGAUCAAGUUCUUUACCAGUUUCAGAAUCAACAAUCUGAUAUUGAUCGCAUCCUUGCUCAACAUAAUGAAAAAGUGAGAAUGGAGUUAGAGGAACAAAAAAUGAGGCAAUCAAGGAUGUUGGCAUGCGUAAUUCAAGAAACAAUAGGGAAGAAACUUAAAGAAAAAGAUGAAGAAAUUCAAAAAAUAGGAAAACUAAAUUGGAUGCUUCAAGAAAAAGUCAAAAGUUUAAGUGCUGAAAAUCAGGUUUGGAGAGAGUUAGCACAAACAAACGAAACCACGGCUAAUUAUCUACGCAACAAUUUGGAACAAGUUAUGGCACAUGUUAAAGAGGGUCGUCAUCAUGCCGCAAUAGCCGAGGAUGACGCCGAAUCGAGUUGUGGAAGUAAUAAUAAUAUUAAUGCGGCCGAUGAUGGGAAUGAUACUGCGGCAACUAUCGGCGGUGGUGGUCAGAGUGGUGGUUGUGGUUUAGUUAGGAUGUGUAAGAAUUGUGGGGUGAAGGAAUCAACCGUGCUGUUAUUGCCAUGUAGACAUUUGUGUCUUUGUAAUAUGUGUGGGUCCACUGUUCGUAAAUGUCCAGUGUGUGACUCUGGCAUGGAUGCUAGUGUUCAUGUUAAUCUCUCUUAGGAGAAAUUUUUUUACAUUAGGGUUUAGAUUAUUACAAAUUAGACAAAAAAAUAGUUUUGGUUUUUUAGUUUUUUUUUUAAUCUAUAUGUUAUUAUAGUUUAUGGAAAAAAGAAAAAAAAAAGAAAUAGAAAUUAGGAAUCUUUUAUUUUUUUAUGAAUAGAAAAAUCUUUUAUUUAUUUAUACAUAUUUAUGUUUUUUUGUCUUGUUGAUAUAUAAAUUAUUCGAUUUGCUUAAUAGUUAUAUUUUCAGCAUGCUAACAUACUUACUAAGAUUCCCUACGGUAAAAAAAA